AUGGCGUUAAAUGCAUCGGAACAGGUCUGCAUCGUGGACGAGAAGAAUCACGUGAUUGGCAAAGCCGAUCGCGCUGUUAUGCGCGCGUUCAACCUUCCACACCGCGCAUCAUAUAUUGCGAUCAAGAAUCCAAGUGGUAAGUACUUUGUGCAGCGCCGCACGAUGCUUAAGGAUUAUUGUCCUGGAAUGUUGGAUCCCAUGACCGGUGGGGUUGUGCAAUUCGGCGAGUCCAUGGAGUUGAACGCACAGCGCGAAGCUGAAGAAGAGAUGGGGGUCAAGCACACGUCGCUGCGCUACUUGACAACUUUUUAUUAUGGAGAUGAUUGCAGUCGUGUGUGGGGCGGCCUCUUCGACUGCAUCUUUGACGGUCCGCUGGUGUUACAGGUUGAGGAAGUCGACGAGGUCCUCACAAUGUCAGCAGACGAGAUAUUGGCACGGCAAGAAGAGUUUACGCCGGAUGGCAUCUUCGCUUUUAAAAAGUACCUGACAAUUCUCGAGACGGCCGAAAAUGCGGGUGACGGUCGAUUCUAG